CUUGAAGGAAAAAAAAAAGCCUGCAAUUCUCGUAUCGGAGAGAUAAGAUGCAGAUCUUCGUGAAAACCCUAACGGGGAAGACCAUCACCCUUGAAGUGGAAUCGAGCGAUACCAUCGACAAUGUCAAGGCCAAGAUUCAGGACAAGGAAGGUAUUCCACCGGACCAGCAGCGAUUGAUCUUUGCUGGUAAACAGCUUGAAGAUGGACGUACACUGGCUGAUUAUAAUAUCCAAAAAGAGUCGACUCUGCAUCUUGUGCUGAGGCUCCGUGGAGGGAUCAUUGAACCGUCUCUUAUGGCAUUGGCCAGGAAAUACAACCAGGAUAAGAUGAUUUGCCGCAAGUGUUAUGCCCGUCUGCAUCCUCGUGCUGUAAAUUGCAGGAAGAAGAAAUGUGGCCAUAGCAACCAGUUGAGGCCAAAGAAGAAGAUCAAGUAAACAGGCGGUUGCAUUUGCUGUCUAAAUGCUAUGCCAAUUGCAUGAUUUUGUAGUUCUUUUGCUUACAUUUUGGUGGCUCUAUCGUUGUCUGUUUAACUGCAGCACAUUUGUUUCAACUUCAGUUCCAUUUACAAAAAGAAUUUAGUGCUCAUUUUGAGUUUGGUAUGAUUAUGAGCCGUGUUUUUAUUUGUUAUCUUA